CAUCUGAGUCAUAGGUGCUGUUGUUGCAGUGUUGUGUAGUCACUGACACCAUAAUGGAGCUUUUCAAGUGUCUAUUUGGUGUUGUUGUUUUGGUUUGUGAUGUUACUGCACAGCAUCGCUGGGCAGCGCCUCUGCAAAAACACCAACCUCCUCUUCCUUCUCAGCCACCUCAGCAACACUUGAACGUUCCAACACCUGCAGCUCACUUUGAUGAGUGUCAGGUGGAGGAGGGUGAGAAGAUCCAGUGUGGAACUCAAGAUAUCACUGCUGAACAGUGUGAAAACAUAAACUGCUGCUUUAAUGGGCGUCAGUGUUACUAUGGGAAAAAAGUGACUGUGCAGUGUACCAGGGAUGGCCAGUUUGUGCUGGUCGUAGCUCGAGAUGCCACUCUGCCCCACAUAGAUGUGGAUUCAGUCAGCCUGCUAGAAACGAAUGAUGACUCCUGCAGCCCUGCUGGCAGCACUUCUGCCUUUGUCAUCUUUCAGUUCCCUGUGACUACUUGUGGUACCACAAUCAAGGAGGAAGAGAGUUACGUGGUAUAUGAGAACCACAUAUCUUCCUCAUAUGAAGUGGGAGUUGGCCCCAGAGGAUCAAUCACCAGAGACAGCCAUUUUGAGCUGCUGUUCCAGUGUAGAUACUCUAGUACAGCUGUAGAGGCUCUUGUCAUGGAGGUGAACGCUGUUCCUCCACCUGUGCCGGUCGCUGCUGCAGGACCCCUCAGAGUGGAGCUCAGACUGGGCAACGGACAGUGUCACUCAAAGGGAUGUGUGGAGGAGGAGGCAGCAUAUCACUCCUUCUACACUCAAGAGGACUAUCCAAUCACUAAAAUGCUGAGAGAACCGGUGUAUAUUGAGGUGCAUAUCCUGGAGAGGUCGGAUCCAAACAUCGUCCUGAACCUGGAACGCUGCUGGGCCACGACCACCCCAAAUUCUCAAAGCCUGCCACAGUGGGACCUUCUGGUUGACGGGUGUCCCUACAAUGAUGACCGCUACCUGACCACCGUGGUGCCUGUGGACGGCUCCUCUGGCCUUCAUUACCCAAUGCACCACAAACGUUUCAUCAUUAAGAUGUUCACGUUUGUGGAUCAAAACACCUUUACUCCUCAGAAGGACACGGUGUUCAUCCACUGUGCUACGGCAGUGUGCUAUCCAAGCAGCACAAACUCCUGUGAACAACCGUGCCACCGGCAACGAAGAGCUGCAGCUGCAGCGAGGAAAGUCUCCUCAAGCCAGAGGACUCUGGUCUCAAGCGGAGAAGUGAUCCUGACUAAGAGGACUUUCUCUGCCGUCCAGCGGGAAAAUGACUCAUCUGCGACUGCUCCUAACACCAAAUCGAAGAGAUGACAGUUCACUGGCAGCCAUAUGUGGCCAUGACUUUUAAUAAAGGCUUUUUCAAAGCUCUCGCUUACAAA